AUCAUGAAAGGGAUGUAUCCUUUCUGAGAUGAAUGGCAAUAGUGUGAAAUUCAAAUAGUCUCAGCAUGACUAGUUUUUAUCAGAUUUAUUUACGCGUGUGGUAUGCUGUGAAAUGGGACUCCAUUAAGGCAAAAAAGUGCUAUGAUUCUCUCAUGAGGCAAACCUGGUCCCUGCAACUUUAACAGUUCAUCUUUAUUGAUCGCCUUGUGUUGACUGUAUAUCCACUGUAGAAGGCUGACUGGACUGUGUCCUGUGUACUGCUCAAAAUGGCUAUUAUGCGACAAUUUGGAUUACUGGUUUGGAAAAACUAUCUUCAGCAGAAACGUCAAAUCUUGGUUACUCUGGUGGAGAUUGUCCUGCCACUGCUUUUCUCCGGCAUCCUCAUCGUGCUGCGUCAGAAGGUGCCUUUUACAGACUACCCAAAUGCAACAGUCUAUGAGAGCUACCCUGUCGACAAACUACCCAAGGCCUUCAUGAAACAAUAUCAGCUGGCCUAUGUGCCCGGCAACUCCAGUGUUGUGCGUCAGGUUGCAGAGGAUGUGCGAGGCAGCCUGUCCCUCUCCUCAGUGCGUGGCUUUGAGACAGAGGAGCAGUUUGACGACUAUGUGAGAAAUGACCCUCAGUCAGGAAGGCUGUUGGCUGCUGUGGUGUUUGAGCACCCCUUCAACCAUGAUGAUGAACCUCUGCCCCUUAAGGUGAGCUACCACCUACGUUUCACCUUUACCCCGCGCAACGCCCCUGCCAAGGAGAGGUCAGAGCUGAAUCCGAACAGCGACCUGGACUGGCACACGCUCAGCCUCUUUCCCCUUUUUCAGCUGCCGGGGCCGAGGGAGCAGUAUGACAAGGAGGGGGGCACGCCAGGUUAUUUCCGAGAGGGCUUUCUGGCGGUGCAGCAUGCAGUGGACCGAGCCAUCAUGCGCUCUUACAACAGAACUGCUGCUGCCUCUCUGCUGGGACAGACCAGAGUGGUCCUGUCCCGGUUUCCUUACCCUGCCUUUAUAUACGACGUCUUCAUCCUGGCCAUUCAGAACCAACUGCCCUUACUACUGGUGCUCAGCUUCACCUACACGUCCCUCAGCAUAGUCCGAGCCGUGGUGCAGGAGAAGGAAAGGAAGCUCAAGGAGUACAUGAGGAUGAUGGGUCUCAGCAACUGGCUCCACUGGAGUGCCUGGUUCCUCAUGUUCUUCCUUUUCCUCUCCAUCUCAGUCUUUUUUGUCACACUGCUCCUCUGUAUCCAGGUGAGCCCUAACGGAGCAGUGCUGAGCUACAGCGACCCCACCCUGGUCUUUGUCUUCCUGCUCGCCUUCACCGUGGCCACCAUCAACUUCAGCUUCAUGAUCAGUGCCUUCUUUUCACGAGCCAAUGUGGCGGCAGCAGCGGGUGGCUUCAUCUAUUUCAUGAGCUACCUGCCUUAUUUGUUCCUGUGGCCUCGCUACGACUUACUCAGCCAUGCCCAGAAGGUUUCCGCCUGCCUUAUCUCCAACGUGGCCAUGGCCAUGGGAGCUCAGCUUAUAGGAAUGUUUGAAGGCAAAGGCACAGGAAUUCAGUGGUCUAACAUGUUUGAUUCUGUGACGGUCGAUGAUGACUUCUCCGUGGCUCAGGUGCUGGGCUUGCUGCUGUUUGACUCUGUCCUGUACGGGCUGGUAGCCUGGUACAUGGAGGCAGUUUUUCCUGGAGAGUAUGGAGUGCCUCUACCAUCCUACUUCUUCAUACUGCCCUCAUAUUGGUGCAGCAGCCCUCGCAUGGCUUUGGUGAAUGAGAAGGAGGAAGAGGAGGAUGCAGAAAAGGCUCUGAAAGGAGAGUUUAUAGAGGCGGAGCCAGCUGGAUUAGUCUCUGGGAUCAAAAUUAAACACCUUGCUAAGGAAUUCAGAUUGGGCAACAAGACUCGGCAGGCUGUGCGGGAUCUUACACUGAACAUGUUCGAGGGACAGAUCACAGUCCUGCUAGGACACAACGGUGCUGGAAAGACCACUACGCUAUCCAUGCUAACAGGUCUGUUUCCCCCCACCAGCGGCAGGGCCUAUAUCAACGGCUACGACAUCUGUCAGGACAUGGCUCUGAUCCGACGCAGUCUAGGACUUUGUCCCCAGCAUGAUGUACUGUUUGAUAACCUUACAGUGAGAGAGCACUUGCUGUUCUAUGCGCAGCUGAAAGGCUACUCCAAAGACAAGAUUCCAGAUGAGGUGGACAGGAUAAUCCGUAUCCUGAACCUUGAGGAUAAGCGACAGGCUCGUUCCAAGACCCUCUCUGGUGGCAUGAAGAGAAAACUCUCUAUUGGCAUUGCUCUCAUUGGAGACUCCAAGGUGGUGAUGUUAGAUGAACCCACAUCGGGUAUGGACCCAUCAGCACGACGGGCCACCUGGGACCUUCUGCAAGGGGAGAAGCGCGGUCGCACCAUCCUGCUCACCACGCACUUUAUGGACGAGGCUGACCUGCUUGGUGACCGUAUCGCCAUCAUGGCAGGAGGAGAGCUGCAGUGCUGCGGGUCACCACUUUUCCUUAAGAACAAAUAUGGUGCUGGCUACCACAUGGUGAUAGUAAAGGAUGCCCUUUGUAAUGUGUCCGAAAUCACCCGCCUUGUUCACAUGUAUGUUCCUAAUGCCACACUUGAGAACAGUGCUGGGGCUGAGCUCUCUUACAUCCUGCCCAAAGAAAGCACCAGCAGGUUUGAGCUUCUGUUUGCUGAGCUGGAGAUGAACAGAGAUGAAUUAGGAAUUGCCAGCUAUGGAGCUUCGGUAACCACUAUGGAAGAGGUUUUCCUCAGAGUGGGAAAGCUGGUGGAUUCUAGUUUGGACAUCCAGGCUAUCCAACUGCCCGCCCUGCAGUACCAACAUGAGAGACGCUCCCAUGAUUGGACCACAGAUGAUGCCAGCAGCAUCAGCGGCAUGACCGAUGUCACUGACUUCACAGAUAGUGGCACACUCAUCUCAGAGGACUGCUCCAACAUCAAGCUGAACACCGGGGUCAGACUACACCUGCAACAGUUUUAUGCCAUGUUCCUGAAGAGGGCGCUGUACAGCUGGAGAAACUGGAAGGUGAUGGUGGCUCAGUUCCUCGUUCCUUUGGUCUUCACUGUUGUGGCCUUAGUUGUGGCACGCACCUUUCCCAAUCACCAGAAUGCUCCUCAGCUGAAGCUAGCACUCAGUCGUUAUGGUCCCACCAAGGUCCCUGUGGCUGUGCAGCCUGGGGCGGGUCCCUUGGCCUCCGCCCUGGCAAAUACAUACAGUUCCCAGCUCGUUGCCCAGCUAGGCCAGCUCAUCAACAUUACAGACUUUACUGAUUACAUCCUGACUCAGGCAGACGAGGAAGGUGGCAGCUUUAAUGAACGCUGUGUGGUGGGCGCCGCUUUCCGUGGCAGCAGCAGACAGUUUGCAGAAGCAACAGCCUACUUCAACAAUGAGGGUUACCAUACACCUGCCACGGCCCUCAUGAUGGUGGACAACGCUCUGUUCAAACUUCUAGCAGGGCUGAACGCUUCCAUCCAGACGGGCAAUUACCCCAUGCCACGCAACCUGUCUGAGAACGCCCACAGCCAGCUCACAGAGAGCAAGACAGGCUUUGUCAUCGCCAUCAACCUGAUGUAUGGUAUGGCCUCCCUGUCCAGCACCUUCGCCCUGCUGCUUGUUACAGAGUCCUCUAUCAAGUCCAAGCAUGUGCAGCAGGUCAGCGGCGUCUACCUGUCAAACUUCUGGUUUUCUGCCCUGCUGUGGGACCUGGUCAACUUCCUGCUGCCCUGUCUCCUCAUGCUGGUGGUAUUCCAGGCUUUCGGAGUCAAGGCUUUUGUAGAGGACAACCACCUGGUAGAUGUGUUGUUGUUGCUGCUGCUGUAUGGCUGGGCUGUUGUGCCUCUUAUGUACCUGCUCAGCUUCCUCUUCUCCACUGCUGCCACUGCUUACACUCGCCUCACCAUCUUCAACAUGAUCUCUGGCACAGCCACCUUUCUGGCUGUCAUCAUCAUGACCAUCCCAGAUUUGAACCUGCUGAACAUGUCUCGCUUACUGGAUAAGGUGUUCCUGAUCUUCCCGAACUAUUGCCUCGGCAUGUCCUUCAGCCAGUUCUACCAGAACUAUGAAUUCAUCUCGUUUUGCACCUCCAGCCCUUUGAGCCAGGCAUUCUGCAAGUACUUAAACAUCACAUAUCAAACAAACUACUUCUCGAUGUCGGAGCCUGGUGUGGGACGAUUCCUCGUGGCCUUUUCAGUGCAGGGUGUAGUCUACAUUGUUUUGCUGUUCGUCAUUGAGCUGCAGUGUGUCCGCACUCUCCGGCGACUCUUCACCACCCUGUGCAGAAGACGUAAACAGUUACCUCUAAUAGAGGAUGCAGCGCUGCUUCCAGAGGACAGAGAUGUGGCAGAAGAGAGGAAGAGGGUUCUGGAGUGCCAGCCGAUGGUGGAGUCCAUGGUUGGCAGCCCCCUCAUUCUACAAGAGCUCAGCAAGGUGUACAGCAGUGGGGAGAAUCUUCUGGCUGUGGACAGGCUGUCUCUCGCUGUGGGGAAAGGAGAGUGUUUUGGCCUCUUGGGCUUUAAUGGAGCAGGAAAGACCACUACCUUUAAGAUGCUGACUGGCGAUGAGAGCGUGACCUCCGGGGAUGCCUACAUUGAUGGAUACAGCAUCUUAAGGGACAUUAAGAAGGUGCAGCAACGCAUUGGCUACUGUCCUCAGUUUGACGCCGUGUUGGACCACAUGACAGGAAGAGAAACUUUGAGCAUGUAUGCCAGGCUUAGAGGAAUACCAGAGAAGUAUGUGUCCGGCUGUGUCGAGAACGUCCUGAGGUCACUGCUGUUGGAGCCUCAUGCUGAUAAACUUGUCCGCAGCUACAGUGGCGGUAACAAGAGGAAGCUGAGUGCAGGCAUGGCUCUGAUUGGCGGGCCUCCAGUCAUCUUCCUGGAUGAGCCUUCGACUGGGAUGGACCCUGUGGCCAGAAGACUACUGUGGGAUGCUGUUACACGCACACGGGAGUCUGGCAAGGCCAUUAUCAUAACUUCCCAUAGUAUGGAGGAGUGCGAGGCCCUGUGUACCAGGCUGGCAGUGAUGGUCAAUGGUCAAUUCAAGUGCCUCGGGAGCCCGCAACACCUGAAGAGCAAGUUUGGCAGUGGCUACACCCUGCUGGCUAAAGUUCAUAUAGACACUGAGGUGGAGGACAGCGACCUGCAGCUUUUUAAAGACUUUAUCGAAAGCACCUUUCCAGGAAGUCAACUAAAGGACGAACACCAGGGAAUGGUGCACUAUCAUUUGACUGACAAAACACUUACCUGGGCCCAGGUGUUUGGCACUUUGGAGGCAGCCAAAGAGAAAUACCGCAUUGAAGACUACUGUGUGAGCCAGAUAUCACUGGAGCAAGUGUUCCUCAGCUUUGCCCAGUUCCAGCACUGCACAGAGAGCAGGAGGAAGUAAGAGGAGUGAGGAAACCGUCCAUCCAUUGUCCAUUUUUUUACAGUGUCUGUGUAUGACCAGUGUACAUGGACUUGCCUGAGUUACACAGCAGGUACUGUACACAGGCUGGGUUAGAGCGCGGUCCUCUGGCCGUCCAGCUCCAUUUUUACCUUGACCACCAACACAAACACACACACUGGGCCAGUCCACAAACAUCAACUUCAGCAUUUCUACUACUGUAUCAUGUCUCUUUGUUGGGUCACUCAUGCCGUUGUUAUUGUUGUUGUGGUGUGACGAGAAAGUGGGUAAACUGGGGAUUAUGACAUUGAGGGAUUGAGGUGGGAUUGAACUCUGUGCUGCACCUUUUUAGUGAGGUCAAAGACAAUGACACCACUCAUUAGAUACUACCACUACUCUGAAUUGUGUGUGACAGGGUUAAUUUGUGUGCGUGUGUGUGUGUGUGUGUGCACUUAUGUGUGUACAGCUUGUCCUUUUUGUUAUUUAUGACUUUAUUUUAUGACUUGAUUAUGUUUCCAAGGAUUUGUGCUUUUUUUUGUGAUCAUCAAUCAUCACAAGAGAAUUUGAUAUGUUUCUGAAAUUGUUGCACACCUUUGCGCCUUAUCUAACUAAUGAAGGUUCUCGUUUCUUUAUAUCGCCCUAUACAAAAUGCCUGGUUAUCCUUAAGAGCCUCUUAAUGUUGUUGCCAGAUGUAAAUAAUGUGACGUGUCCAUGGUACUAAAAACCACUUACUCAUUGAGGCCAGAGCAGAACAUUUACUCAUUUAAAGACUGUUUUGGGCACAUUAAUGAUUGCAUGAAGAAAAUACGAUUUAGAGAGUGCAUGAUACUGGAAGAGCAGAGAGCUGCUAGCAAACACUUGAAGACUGUCAUUAUUAAGGAUUAAUCCUCAGAGUACUUUUAGGCCAGUCUGAGUACAUAUAAUCCGCCUCCAUUGUUCAGCUGGUGUGAACUAAUGAUUCUUUGCACCUCACCUGUUUUUGCUGCUAAACAAGUUACAGCAACAGGUGUGUUACCAUGUGGAUAUCCGGCCAUUAUAGUUUACAUGGGAGAUAUUUACUAGAAAGAUGUUUGAUAGUUUUCAAAUGCUGUUGCAGUGAAAUUGGAGGUUUUGACUUGAAAGCAAAUUGUACUAGACUGUAUGUGAUUGACUUUGACUUCGAACAGCAAGACUGCAAUGACCUUUUCAGGUGUUUUUAGUACAAAAAUGUUUUGUUUUCUUUCCUGCAGCUAUGCAUUUCGCAUGGUACACCUGUGUGUAUGUGUGACAGAGAGAGCGAGUAUAAGAGAAUAGCAACAUAUGAUUCCUGAAUUCAUCCACACUAUACUGAAACAGUGCUAUGAUCAUUCUUAAAUAUUAAAACUAAGAGAUUGUGAAUGUGCAGUGGACAAACUGCACCGCUUUGUCAUAUUUAACAUAGAGCUGCUCCUUCAGAGAAUGUCAGGAAACGCAAUAAAAAGGCCCAAUAAUAGUAUGGAUAGUAAAACUUCAGUUAGUCCUCUGCUUAAAACUAGAUGCCUUGUUCUGAAGAAGAAUGAUCAGCACAUUGUUUGUCCUCUUUGUCCAUUUUUUUGUCCAUUUAUCACAUUCCCAAAGCCUUUUUUUUGUACUUGUAAGAACUUGUAAAAAGAUUUAUGUAUUCUGUAGGAAUAUUUCAAAUGACAUUUGAUGUUUCCCCAAAACAAAUCCCACAGAUAUUGACGAGAAAUAUAUUCUCAGUCUCCUGCUUUUCAUCAAUGUUAGAGAUCAAUAUUAUAAUCUGAGAUGAAUUAACAUCCUACUCUAAAAAAAUCACUCUUGACUUCUCAGAAGUGAGAUGAAUGUAUUUACUGUCUUACACAUAAGCAAAAAGCACUCAUGUUAAUCAACUUUAUGAACAGCUUGAUAUGUUUUGCAGCGCUUUCUUUAGUGGAUGACAAAAUAUUCCAUCAUGUGUAUGUGAGUGUGUGUGUGUGUGUGUGUGCGUGUGUGCGUGAAAAGUAGAGGCUGACAUUCCAGAAAGACACUGAUAUUGUAUGUGGCUUAUUUGUCUUUAAAGGGUUUAACCUCUUAAUUUUGACUUUUGUGACAUUUGUUUGUAUAUUUGCACAAUUCAUGUCUCAUUACAUGUACGACUUGAAUUAACUGCAAUGUUAAAUAAGUGGUUUGAGAAAAUUGGAGAGGUCUGCGCUGCUGAUAUUGAAGGACUGAGUACGAUGAAAUACAGUGUAUCAUAUUUAAAAAGGGAAUUUACAUCAAUGUAACUGUGUACUGUACUGUACCAUGCAACUGACCUUGUCAACUGUAUAUGUAUCGUUAUUCUUUUUAAAUUAAAUAAUGCUCUAUGCAAAUGGAA